AUGUUCCUGCAUCGACUGCGAUCGCCGGCGCGUGCGUCCGCCCUCGCGCGGGGCUUUGCGUCCUCGAGCACCAAGCGGCCGAAGCCCAUUCGCGUUGCGAAAACCAAAGCGCGUCGUGUGCUGCCCGAGGCGCCGAAGCCGUCCAAUGCACUCACAGAAGUGCCUGCGUACGGUGACGCGCCUACGACUCCGAUCGUGCAGUCGGAGUCGCAGACACGUCAGACGUUUGGCGGCGCGAUCAAAGAGAGCUUCAUCUGGGGCGUGGGCAUGGCCGCAGCGUUUUCGGUGGUCGGCAUUCUGUUUAGCAGGAUGGAAGAGGCAACAGCUUCGGACAAGUUUGACGGAAGUUUCGUCGUAGCGGACAAAGAUGAAGAGAUCAACUGCCAGCAAUGA